GAGGCGGAGCAGGGGUUGGGCGCCGACGUCUCGCGCGGCGACGCGGCUUAGCGAUGGGCGUGAAGCGGACGAUGGGUCUGCCGGGCCCAGUGGCUCUAUUGUGCUUCCCCGUGUCUGUCGCGUACAGGACGCUGACCGGCUGCUUCGACACCGCCAUGACGACAUAUCCUGGCAAGAUCGUAACCAAGUACGUGGGCAAUAUCAGCUCGUUCUUGGCCAAAUGCAUCGUCCUCUGGCUGAUAUGCACCAUCCUGCUGAUCUCGUCGGCGGUGCUGUACUUCACAUUUCACUACAGCAUGAUGCCAACCAUGCUGGUCAGCUUGCCCGUCCACUUCCAGUUCACCCCAUGCUUCUCCAAUCCAGAAAGCUGCGCUUAUCCCAGAGCGCAGGUCUACCUGGUGGACGGCGGCGCCAACCCCCUGCUGUAUCCGCACGUGCACUACACGCUGACACUGGAGAUGGACAUGCCGGAAUCAGACGCCAACAAGAACGCCGCAGGCAUGUUCAUGGCGCAGCUGAACCUGACCAGCUUCUCGGGUCGGCUGGUGGGCUCGUCGUCGCGCGCCAAUCUCCUGCACUACCGGUCGCGGCUGCACCGCGCCCUGCGCACCUUCCUCAUCAUGCCGCUGCUGUUCACCGACUACUCCCGCGAGCAGCAGACGGUCGCCACCGAGCUGUUCUCGGCGUACUUGGUGCAUGAGGAGCACCCGCCGACCAGCGCCCAGCUGGAGGUGCGCUCUCACGCCGUGCAGCUGUACGCGGCGCGGCUACGCGUGCACGCGCGCCUCACCGGCCUGCGCCGGCUCAUGUACCACCACCCGCUGCUGAGCGGCCUCGUCGGCACGCUCGCCAUCUUCUGCAGUGUGUCGCUGGUCUUCCUGCUGCUCUGGCUGCGGAACACGGAACUACCCCAGACGCUGGCGCGGCUUCGGCGGGCCCGGUCCAGCCCGGCGGCGGUGGACGCCUCACUAGCGGCAGAUGUGGGCGGAACAGACGAAAAAUCGUCUUCAUCAAAGAAGUCGUCUGAACUGGACAAAGACGAUGCUGUGGAGGAGCUGGAGCCGACGGCCGGCCGCGGUUGGUCGUCCCUGCUCGUGCCCCGCCCCCUGGCCUCCCCCGGCUGGCUCUUCGGGCGGCAGUCCCCAAAGCAGGAGUGACGAUGGCGGCUCAGAGAUGGCGCUGGCGUCUGAUGAGGGACUGAUAUUUGCUCCAGUUCGUGACAGGAUUGAUGAUCGGGGACUGCUGUUGCGACACUUGGCGUGUUGACAUGACAGGGAUUUUGUGCAGCCGAUAUUACUAGUGAUAAGUGGAAGCUGCAGUACUAUCCUACAUCGUUCAUGUGUGUUCUGCGGCAUAUGUCUCUGUGGAAUCAAUUUUCAUGUGAUGCUCAUGCCAGGUAUGCAUGUAUGUCUGGACAACUUGCCACUGGGGUUGUAAUGAUGAUCAAAUUACCAUUUGAUUUGAUGUGGGCCUUUAGCUCUUGUCAAUACUCUGUUGAUGCUGUGACACUGUGGCAGAUGGAGUUGUUGUCAUGGAAACAGUCAUGGUACAACUGGUGGAGAAGGGACAGGAGUCUGUGUGAUAUAUGGUGCAACUGUGGUCAUUGUGUGAGACUGGCAAUCACCUAUAUUGUGUGGAUGACCGAAUACAUUGUAUGGAAACACC